AUGGCCGCGAACCAGCCUCUUAGUCUAGAGAUUAUGGCUGUGGUGCCGCCCGAGCGUCUUCACAUUCCAGUUAUCAAGCCCUAUGCGGGUAUUACUGACCCAAUGGAUCACCUGGAUCUCUUCACCUCUCAUAUGAUGGUGCAGGAUACGUCCGAUGCAAUAUGGUGCAAAGUCUUCUUGGUUACACUGGAAGGGCAUGCGUGCGCCUGCCUAAAGCAGAACCAGGGUGAAUCCUUGAAUGAUUUCGUCUCAAGAUUUAAUAUGGAGGCAUUGACCAUUGAGAACUUCGACCAUAGUAUAUUCUUAGCUGGGCAACGAAGUAUAUCAAUGCUGAAGAAAGUUAUGCAGGCGAAAAGAGGCAAAUACACUGAGAAGAAUGAGAAAAAAAGAUAUUCUGAAGAGAAUAAGAGUGAAGGUAGAAGGGAGGAUCGCAAAGAGAAGCCCUAUCCUCGGUGGGAAUUGAGUGGUUUCACUCCCCUAAAUGCUUCUAGAGUGGAGAUCCUUGCUACUAUUGAAGGUAAUGAUUAUCUAAAGAAACUACUGCUUAUGAGGGCACCAUCCAAUAAGAGGAAUAGGAAUAAAUAUUGUCGCUUCCAUCGGGAUUAUGGCCACGAUACAAAGGAAUGCCACCAGUUAAAAGAAGAGAUUCAAGAGCUUAUUAAUCAGGGUUUCCUUAGGAGUUUUGUAGCUAGAGAAAUGGAUCCCCAAAAGGGGCGAGAGCGGAGUCCUCAUCCCAGGCGAGAUCUAGAGAAGGAGCAAGAUUGCGUUUAG